AACACAUGGCACACAUGGCAGUCAAUUCGCAGUGUUCUUUUGGCCAUAUCCUUGCUAUCUGCAAGGGCCAUGGCCUAUCAACUGAACUAAGAUCAACCGACAUGGGGAUGACGGGCCCUUGGAAGACAGCGCGCCACUUCUUGCCUGUCAAUUGGCUUCUUGGAAAGGGGGCUUCGGUGAUCCUCAUGGCUCAAGCUUCGAGAUCUUAUCUGAGAGACAUCAAUUCACGAGAAUGACUCGGUGAGGGUUGAAAUCUGGAUACUCCCAAAUGCCAAAGCUGGUGGAUUAUCAGAACAUAAACGAGAGCACGCCUGCACUUGUUUGCAAGGAUCAACGGACCCAGAUGCUCAUCAGCGUAGCACUUGUUUCCUCCGCUGAUCAUUGUACCAGUACGGAAUUGCUUAAAAGAUAAUCCUUGAGUUAGCAUAAUGGACCUGGGCAUCUCCAUGUCAUUCAGUAUCUCGCUAUAAGCAUCCCGCACAACUUCAUUAUGCGAAGGGAUGGUAUAAGCGAGGCUUCCAUGAGUCAGGGACCUCUAUAAUAUCUGUGAUAUCUCCGCUUCAUCCUGGCAGCUCGCUAGCAGAGCACGAAGUGUCAAAGACUAGAUACAUUGAAGCACCACUCGAGAGUAGCUGAGACUAAUUAGAGCACAUAACAUUUUAUCAUAAUGGUGACCAGAAGCAUAUGUUAAGCAAUGCGACCUGCUUGGUAGACCUGGCCAAACCACAAGCGUUUGUUUAUACAGUACCUGCAUAGAGAAUUCGCAGGUGUUCAUGUGAGACAUUCUUGUGUCAUAGUUGUCGAUAUCCCGCAUUCCAAUGGGUGAUUGACUUUGAGCAAACAAAUUGGUAAUGAUACCCUAGGCUGACUUGGCAGUAAUGUCAAAGAAACAGAGGUAAGUGCCACAUAGGAGAACUUAUAAAGAAGGCCCAUGCUUUCUAUUGUUCUGAUUCAAGUACCUACAUAGUAGCCUGCCGAUAGCAGCCACACUGGAUGUUGUGUUCAGCAGUUUGUCUCUGGACUGCACAAGUUUUCUAAAAUUUGAGGGGUCGAGGCAUGUACACUCGGCACUUCAAAGGAGCCGCGGAUCGAAACAUCGGGAUAGUUUCCGCAAAAGAAUUCAGGGCGGAACUAAAACCCAAUGUUGCAAGGUGAUUCGAAGAUCUUGGGGUAAAUAUUCCGGCUACAUAAAUAUGAGGAGCAGAACUAACGAAGAUAGUCGAUAAGAGAUGGACACGCGGGACAAAAACGCGGGGAUGGAGGCAAGAGAAUGAAGAAUGCUAUUGCUCGAUAUGCCGAGGCCAGUUGGGUCGACCGGGAGUCGAUUACGGGAAGUGCUAGAUUCCGUGCAAAUGGCGGCUUCAUACCUAUUGAGCGUGUUCGUUUUCGGAACCCCGCCGGCGCCGGCCGCAAUAUCUCCUGAUUCGACCGCCGUUACUUACCGUUUGAUCUUCCGGGCGCCGGCUGCGAGGUCGCUCCAUGGAAAGGGAGUGGAAAACACAUAUCAAGUUCCGAGUUUCCUGUUUGCUUCAUUAUUCUGUUCCCUUCUGGCUUUUGAGACGUCUGUGCGGUCUAAGUAAUCCAGUCCACUACCCUCUUUCUUUUCACGACAAAGAAACACAAACCCGAAAGUGAAUUGGACACUUUUACCAUCUCCAAAGCGACCUCUGGCUUGAACCCCUGCAAUCCCGCAAUUGAGCCCCAACAACAAGAAGAACCCCGGCUUUAACGGUUCAAUCCGAGCCAACAACCGAGCAAGAUAAAGUCUUUACUACUGUGGCAUUCCGUAGCUGUUCUGAGUAGCACACACCUUGACCCUUUUGAGGAGGUUUCGUUUCACCCUGCUACGGGUAGGUAUUCCCAUAAUAGCUACGAGUUAACAAGAGUUGGGUUUUGGCUGCUGAGUCGAUGGGUUUACGUGGCCAAAGUUCAUGAUUAGUGCUGAUCCUUCAAAGUGUAAGUGCGGUCCAGCAAUCUCACCUCGCACGAUAAAGGAUCCUCGGGUCAUCCAUUAAUCUCCUACUUUUAGCGCGAAUUUGUUACUGACAGCGCAUCCUUUCUUUUUAGACACUUCACGCCACAUCCCACUUUCCUCCUCCUCCCCCGCCUCCUUUCCGGCCGACGAGUAUUGGGACAAAAACCUCGACAUCUCGUUGAAACUUGGCAGAUCCUGAUUUUGUCACUGGCAUCGUUGGGUUUGCUGGCUCUCUACCUCUUGACCACGAAUCCGCCCCAGCGCUUUCGUAGCCAUCAUGGCUGAACUCGACACUCUAGACAUUGUCGUCCUCGGCGUUAUCUUCCUCGGAACGGUCGCAUACUUUACAAAGGGCAAGCUAUGGGGUGUUACCAAGGACCCCUAUGCGAAUGGCUUCGCUGCCGGCGGCGCUUCUAAGCCGGGUCGCACGAGGAACAUCGUUGAGGCGAUGGAAGAAUCCGGCAAGAACUGUGUUGUCUUCUAUGGUUCUCAGACCGGUACUGCUGAAGAUUAUGCUUCUCGCCUCGCCAAGGAGGGUAAGAGUCGAUUCGGACUCAACACCAUGAUUGCCGAUCUUGAGGACUACGAUUUCGAUAACCUGGAUACCGUCCCUAGUGACAACAUCGUCAUGUUCGUUCUCGCAACUUACGGCGAAGGCGAGCCUACCGAUAACGCGGUCGACUUCUAUGAAUUCAUUACCGGUGAGGAUGCCAGCUUCAAUGAGGGCAAUGAUCCUCCUUUGGGCAACCUCAACUACGUUGCUUUCGGUCUCGGAAACAACACGUACGAGCACUACAACUCUAUGGUCCGCAAUGUUAACAAGGCUCUUGAGAAGCUUGGCGCUCACCGCAUCGGUGAAGCUGGUGAGGGUGAUGAUGGUGCUGGUACCAUGGAAGAGGAUUUCUUGGCCUGGAAGGAUCCCAUGUGGGAAGCCCUUGCUAAGAAAAUGGGACUGGAAGAGCGUGAGGCCGUCUACGAGCCUAUCUUUGCCAUUAACGAACGCGACGACCUGACUCCUGAAGCCAAUGAAGUGUAUCUCGGUGAGCCCAACAAGCUGCACCUCGAAGGCACCGCCAAGGGACCAUUCAACUCUCACAACCCCUACAUUGCCCCUAUCGCUGAAUCUUACGAGUUGUUCUCUGCCAAGGACAGAAACUGCCUCCACAUGGAAAUUGACAUCAGCGGCUCUAACCUCAAGUACGAGACUGGAGACCAUAUUGCUAUCUGGCCUACCAACCCUGGCGAAGAGGUCAACAAAUUCCUGGAUAUUCUCGACCUCUCCGGCAAGCAGCACAGCGUUGUCACUGUCAAGGCUCUCGAGCCUACCGCCAAGGUUCCUUUCCCCAACCCUACAACCUACGAUGCCAUUCUGCGAUACCACCUCGAGAUCUGCGCUCCUGUGUCCCGUCAAUUCGUCUCCACUCUCGCCGCUUUCGCUCCCAACGAUGAUAUCAAGGCUGAGAUGAACCGCCUUGGCAGCGAUAAGGAUUAUUUCCACGAGAAGACUGGCCCUCAUUACUACAACAUUGCCCGUUUCCUCGCCAGCGUCAGCAAGGGCGAGAAGUGGACCAAAAUCCCCUUCUCUGCCUUCAUUGAGGGUCUCACCAAGCUUCAGCCCCGUUACUACUCUAUUUCCUCCUCGUCUCUGGUUCAGCCUAAGAAGAUCUCCAUCACUGCCGUCGUUGAGUCCCAGCAGAUUCCCGGCAGAGAUGAUCCUUUCCGUGGUGUUGCUACAAACUAUCUUUUUGCCCUAAAGCAAAAGCAGAACGGCGACCCCAACCCUGCACCUUUCGGUCAGAGCUACGAGCUUACAGGCCCCCGCAACAAGUAUGAUGGCAUCCACGUUCCUGUCCAUGUUCGUCACUCCAACUUCAAGCUCCCCUCGGACCCCGGCAAGCCUAUCAUCAUGAUUGGUCCUGGUACUGGUGUCGCUCCCUUCCGCGGUUUCGUUCAGGAGCGUGCUAAGCAAGCCCGUGACGGUGUUGAGGUUGGAAAGACACUCUUGUUCUUUGGUUGCCGAAAGUCAACAGAGGAUUUCAUGUACCAAAAGGAGUGGCAGGUAAGACAACAUAGAACUCAAUCGUUCGAGGCUUAUACUAACUGUUUCUCAGGAAUAUAAGGAGGCUCUUGGCGAUAAGUUUGAGAUGAUCACCGCCUUUUCUCGAGAGGGCUCCAAGAAGGUGUACGUCCAGCACCGACUUAAGGAGCGAUCCAAGGAGGUCAGCGACCUGCUCUCCCAGAAGGCUUAUUUCUAUGUCUGCGGUGAUGCAGCCCACAUGGCCCGUGAGGUCAAUACCGUCUUGGCACAAAUCAUUGCCGAGGGACGUGGGGUGUCUGAGGCCAAGGGCGAGGAGAUCGUGAAGAACAUGAGGUCAGCGAACCAAUACCAGGAGGAUGUUUGGUCAUAGAAAAUGGGGCGAAUGGCAUACUAAAUUUAAAGUCAUCGGCGGCGAUGACUCUUCAGGUUUCAUGGUUGGUGUUCUGCUCUACUACCACUAUGUUCGUGGUGGUGAUAUUUGACGAGCAUACGAAGUAGACUCGAGGGUUUUCUUGCAGCAAAUUAGAGGGAUGGUGUUAGGAUGGCUUGGUACAUUGCGGUAUAUGGUUUGCGGCAUCUACAUUGUUGUCAUCGUUUGUAACCUGUCCAAGAGAGCGUUGGUUAUCUGCGUCGUAACAGCCUUUCUGCCACUUAGACACGGACUUGCCGAUAGAAGCAAGUUUGUAAAUCAUUACCUCAUGCUACCUUAGUAAAACGAACUAGGUAUAAGAUGUGAAGAAUUAACACUCAUGUCUGAAAAGUUGGACUAGAGUGGACAUUUGGCUAAUG